ACCGCUAUGCGGCGUUCGAACGCGCGCGCGCUGCUGGCGGGAAACAGAAGGAGGGAGGGAGUCGAGCACAGCGGCCACCACCACCACCACCUCCUGCUCCUUCAUUACAACUCCUCACAAGCAGCAGCAGCAGCCGACAAUUUACCCGCCAGACUGAACGUAAACAGCUUCGUCGCCUUCCCCCCGAGGCCGCUCGUCCGCUCAGCUUUUUGUUAGUCCCAGGGCAAGAAGCCCGCUUCGGAGAGGUUAAAACAAUACGAAAAGCCCAAAUCAACUUCGCCGCGACAAAAGCCGCUUUGAGCUGGAUUCUGCCGCGAAGAAGAUGCUCAGGAGGAGCAGUCGGCUGGUGACCAAGAGGGAGAGAAGCGAUGAGAAUGGCUCAUUUGUACUGCGGACGAGGAAGAGAAAGUGCCAGGAAUCUGAAGAUGUGCCGCCUCUGUACGUGCGCUCACCCAACCAACGCACCAAUCGGAAGCAUCUGCAUGAGAUUAAGCUUGGCCGGCUGGACGAGCAGGUGCUGGAGCUACGUGACGUCGAAUCGUUGGUGACGCCAGACAAGGAGCCACGCGAUCUUCCGCAUUUCUCCAAGAGCCGCGGCACCAGCGUUGCCCUGCUCCCGGACCGACCCUCGCCACUGCCAGUGCUCGGCUGGGCCUGCCCCGAGGACGUGUGGUCAAACCUGUUGCAGAAGGAGCAGUCGCACGAGCGGGACCGCCACUUCCUCGACCGCCACCCGGCCCUGACGGCCAGGAUGCGCGCCGUGCUGCUCGACUGGCUCAUGGAGGUGUGUGAGGUGUACCGCCUGCACCGGGAGACCUUGUACCUGGCGCUGGAUUACUUCGACAGGUUCCUUGCGACCCAGACGGAUGUCUGCAAGUCUCAGUUGCAGCUCAUCGGCAUCACCGCACUCUUCAUCGCAGCCAAGACGGAGGAGAUCUACCCGCCCAAGCUGACGGAAUUCGCCUACGUGACGGACGGAGCUUGUACUGAGGAGGACAUCGUUGUCAUGGAACUUAACAUGCUGCAGUCGCUCAAGUGGGCCCUGUGCCCCGUGAGCAUCAUCUCCUGGCUCAGCCUGUACCUGCAAAUCGCCUGCCUCAAGAAUACUUCCCAAAUGUUGCUCCCGCAAUACAGCCAGGACACCUUCCUGCAGAUCUCCCAGCUGCUGGACCUGUGCGUGCUGGACAUGGGUUGCCUGGAUUUCACAUACAGCACCAUCGCCGCCUCCGCCCUCUACCACUUCACCUCCUUGGAGCUCGUGUACAGAGUCUCGGGGCUACGAUGGGAACACCUGAGCGAGUGCGUGCGGUGGAUGGUCCCCUUUGCCAUGGCAGUGCGCGAGGCCGGGCGAGCCCAGCCACGCAGCUUCACACACAUCCCCUCCGAUAACUGGCACAACAUCCAGACGCACACCAGCGCCCUGGCAAACCUGGACCGGGCCCAGACCCUGCAGGCGGAGCUCUUGCGGCAGAGUCAGGAGUCACCAGUGCCUGCUGGAACCCUGACCCCGCCGCACAGCGGGCAGAAGUAAAGGGGGGGGUGGGGGCUGGGGGGGAAAGAGCAGCCGGUAGGACCCAGAGAACCACACAAUGCCCACAAUGACAAGUAACGCGCGGUGCCGUCGAUCCUCCGGUGUCGUCACGGGUGUCUUGGGGUUCUCUACCUCGUGGAUAUUUUUUCGGGAAUCGGUCUUGGAUGACAACCGCUGCCGGCAAGACGCUGCGGAUGAGACCAGCAAAGAGAAGUCGAGAGAUGGCCGGCCUGCGCUCACCAACUCGGCUGCUUCUACGGUGGCCUGCGUGGUUGCGUGCAAGAAGUGUGACCCGGGAGGUGUGUACCGGCUGGGGGAAGUCGGCUGGGGGGGCGGGGGUGGUAGGGCACGUCUAAGCAGCUAGAGAAGAAGUGCCGAGUUGCUCAUCGCGUUGCCGGAGGAAGUGGCCACCAUGAGGCUUUGCUCAACGCUGAACUGAUGCCGAUGUUGCUGGCCGCCCCCUCCCCCCGCGAUUUUACUGCGAAUUCAGCUUUUUUUGGUCACAUGGCUUUAAUGUUAGACAAUGGACUGGGGUACGUAUAUACGUUACAUUUUCACAUGCUAAGCCACUUUGUUGGGCUAUCAUUUUUGGCCUGGUCACUUCUGAAAAAGAGCUACAUAGCUCUGGGCCUUACCUGGUCAAAUAACAUUUUUAUUUUAGUUUUAUAAUAUUGGAGGGGUGGUGGAGGAUGGAGUGACCAACACUAACCGGGGGCUUCGAACUCUACCGCACAAAUGUGAAUCCUUUGCAGGAGUUCCCAAAUGCAUUGCAGUAUUGGGGUAGAGACACCCGCUUGAAUGAAAUGCCUCAAUGUUAAAUACAUUGAGAGAACCUAGGGGACAGUGUGUGUGCGUGCGCGCUUGUGUGCUUUUAAAUAGAUCUACCUAACAGGCUCAUUGUGUCUGCCGAGGUAAUACAGGAUUCCCUUGUUAUUCGCGACGAAGGAUACGUUCUGGAGAUGCUCGUGAAUAGCAAAUUUCUCGGAUAUUGGCCGACGAAAACCUAUAUUUUUAAAGAAUUACCUUAAGUACAUAAAUAAACUUUUAAAAACAUGAAAUGAAUCAUAACACAACAAUAAAAAUUGAAUAUUACAAACAUAAAGGAGAUAAAUAUGAAUACUUUAGAAACGAACUUACCUUAAAUUAUGAUGAUGCUGUGCAUCAUCACUUUACCUCAUCACUUUCCUUUUUAUCUCUCGAUGCAGUCGAGUUUCAGAUGCGAUUCAUGGAUAGCCAAAAUCGCAGAUAGCAAUUUCAUGAAUACCGAGGGGAUACCCUAAUUGACUUUAAUCAGCUAUUGCCUUUCCUUUGUUGAAUUGUUUGCAGUUUGCUUAAUGCCACUCCAAGGGUGGACACAUGUGCCUUAACAUUUUGUGUAUAUUUUUUCUGAUAUAUUAUAAACGGCUAACAUGAGUGAUGUUAUAAGAGUGUGCAGUGGUGGUGCAAUCUGGUGAACCUGAGACCUUUUCCCGGCCACUGCUAACGCCAGUGGCAAGUGACAUCUGAACUGCUACUGAUGUGUCAACUGACUUCAACCUACACUGACUAGCCAUGGUGAAGUAUGGUCACACAACCCCCAUGACCGACACGGCUUAGAGUUCUUCAUCCGGCAGGACUUAAUCAUAUCCGUAAUAAACUCUGCAAGAUAUUAAAAUAGGUGAACAAAUCGUGUACCAGAGUGGCCUUGUCUUUCUGAACCUUGCCACCCACACUAACUUAAAGCAAUACUUCAUUGCCACAACUCUGGUGUAACCACAUCUGUUUAGUAUCCAUCAUCAGCCAAAUGCCUUAGAACAUCAGCAAUUCCAUAGCCAAGCCGCAUAUUGCAAAGUAGUCGACGCACAAAAAUGUACUUGAGCUCCUGCUCAAGUGUUACGUGAAAAGCCAAUUGUGUAUGUCUUUUUUUUACAUUCAUAAAGAAUGUUGCAACUGACCGCGCCUUAAUGUGCGACCAUCUGCGUUCUUGUAUAAGUAAAGUAUUUCAGAUGUGGAAGGACAGCAUUAAUGACUUGGUGGGGCAUGCUUCACUACAAAUGAUGCGACCGGGUGUGAGGCGUGACAGGGCUGGCCUCGGUGGGAGGGUGGCUGGGGGGGCACGAGUACAUGCCCAGCCUUGUCAUAACAUCGUCAUAACGACAUUUGGAUGAUGAUAAAAUUCACAUUGCUCAGUUUGUUUCGGGUUGCUUCGCCAUCUUUCUGGUUUAAAGGGCGGGAAAAACACGGUCCACGUCUGUUCAAAACUCCACCAGCGACCGUCAACGAGUCGAGGUUUGCAUAAUCUGCCCAGUGGGUUUUAAUUAGUGUCGCAAAAGAACGCCCCCUCGUGGCCACAAUUUAAAUAUCUCCGUCAUCCUAAUAAUACAUAGGUGUGUGAAAUAAUGCUUUUAUUGUCUAGCAGGAGGGAAAAGCAACAGCUUUGAAAAGUGUUAGAGUUGAAUUAUACGUGUUUUUCCCCAACCAAUUCAAGGAAGCAGUAGGACGCUUCAUGAUUGCAGCGACACCAGGAUGGACAGCUAAGUUUUAGGAAAUACGGUUUCUUUAUGGAGAAAGUCAAUGGUGCGAUACCUUGUGCACUCAAUUGAGUGCACCAAAAUGCCAUUCCAGUAUGGAUAAAAAAGUAGGUUCGUCCGAGGCUAUUUUAUGAGCAUCUCUCCUUUAGUAAAAGGCGGGCAUGAUUUCUAUUCAAAUUGCAGCCGUAAAUGGCUGACGCACUCUGCCUAAUUGAAAGCCACUUCAUGAUUACACACUUCAUGAUUACACACUAAUGAUGACCCAUAUAUUUAACGUUUCUGAAAUGUAUGUCCAGAAUCGCGGCACUGCCCAGAGAUGAUUUGAAUCAUGGAGACUACCACUGGAAGGAAGGCUGUGUCGCUAAAUACCAAUGGAUCACCUAACUUAUUAAAUCUGAAAUGUGUGGUUUGUUUUGUGUUUGUUGUGCUCCGAGACAUUCAUUUUAACAUGAGGUUUUUGUGCGAGAGAUUCCAGAGCAUUGUCGGCUGUUUUAUAUUUAAUUAAAUGAAAUGCGUUUUGGGAGUCAAUAUAUAUUUGUAUGGUUCGUGAUGCCGUUGCGAACAACCAACUGGCAAAAUGCCUUGCGGCGAUUGUGAACUUGAAAUGAAGCAUGGUGCUAAUUUAUAUCGGAGUUUGGCUCCUGUAUUUUUGCCGAUGUACAAACGUGUUCCGUGGAAUAGGAUUAAAGUUUUUUUUUUAACAGACAUGUAAACUUGUACAAUUGUUUCCCGCAAAGUGUGUAACGUUCAAAAAUAAAUGUAAGAUGCGUCAA